AUGGCAAACACCACAUCCAAAAGAACUGAUCCACAGCAAGAUGGUGGAAGUAACAACAAACAGGUGGAAAAAUCGAGCUCAACUCCAACCCCAAACUCCAAUUCCACUACCACUAAAUCAUCUGCACCAUCAGUCCCACCAGCGUCUUUAAUACCAGUACAACCAACACCCCUCACAUCUCGCGACAAGACCACCAAAAGAUUAAUAGUUGUGUUAUCACAAGCAUGUUUAGAAACCUACAAAAUGAACAGCAACAAUUCCGGUCCAGGAGGCGAUCGAUUUGCCUUAUUAAAUUGUGAUGACCAUCAAGGAUUACUUCGUAAAAUGGGAAGAGACAUAGCUGAAGCCAGACCCGAUAUUACUCAUCAAUGUUUAUUAACAUUGUUGGAUUCACCCAUUAACAAAGCUGGUAAAUUACAAGUGUAUAUCCAAACUGCUCGUGGUGUUUUGAUUGAGGUUAACCCUAGUGUGAGAAUUCCACGUACAUUCAAACGAUUCUCGGGGUUGAUGGUUCAGUUAUUACAUAAAAUGAGCAUAAGAUCAGAGAAUUCGAAAGAGGUAUUGUUGAAAGUCAUCAAAAACCCCAUAACUGAUCACCUACCUACUAAAUGUCGUAAAAUUACUUUAUCCUUUGAUGCUAAAGUUGUUAAAGUACAGGAUUAUGUUGCCAAAUUGGAUGAUGAUGAAAGUAUAUGUGUGUUUGUUGGUGCUAUGGCUAGAGGCAAGGAUAAUUUUGCAGACGAGUUUGUUGAUGAAAAAAUUGGAUUAUCGGAUUAUCCAUUAUCGGCAUCGGUUGCAUGUUCGAAAUUUUGUCAUGGAUGUGAAGAUGUUUGGGAGAUUUAUUAG